AUGGAUUCAUCAGUUGUUGAUUUGAUUAACUCUCCAGUUCAAAGUCCAUCUAUUGAUUUGAUAAAUAAUACUGAAGAACGUUGUGAUGCUUGGAAAUUCUCAUUAAUUGGUCGUUUAGAUUUAGCUCGAUUGAAAUUUUCUGAAGCUGUUCUAAAUCAGAAAAAUCAAUGGAAACUUGAAGGUCAAUGUAAAAUGAAUCCGCUAGGAAAAGGUUUCUUCACUAUUAAGCUUGAUAAUGAUAGAGACAAAAUGACUAUUAAAGCAGGAAGAUGGGAAGUUUGCAAUCAAGUUUUGUGGAUUCGUAAUUGGAUUCCAUAUUUUAGGCCAGAGAAGCAUAGAACUUCACAUGCAAUGAUUUGGGUUCAUCUUCCAGGACUAAGCUUGGAAUAUUGGGAUGAAAAAACCCUUUUCACAAUUUGCAGAGCUCUAGGAACUCCAGUGAAAGUUGAUGAAGCAACUCUUAAUUAUGAUAACGGAUAUUAUGCAAGAGUUUUGGUGAAUAUUGAUUUAGCAAAUAAGAUUCCAAACAAGUUAUGGAUUAAAACAAAGUUUGGAGGAUUUAUGCAAAGUGUGAUUCUAACAAAACCUCCAAAAUUUUGUGAUCAUUGUAAAAUUGUUGGGCAUUUGCAAAUUGAGUGUAGAGCAAAGAAAACUUCUUCACAGUAUUUUGCUACACAACAAUCAACUAGCAACACACCAAAAGGAGUAAAUACCUCAAGCAAGGAGAAAUUUGAUAUUUGUGAUCCAUCAAUAAGAACUAGUAGUCAAGUACUUGAAGUUACUCCAAAAACUUUUUCAAAAGAUUUUGAAGCAGGUGAAGUUGGCAAUUGUGAGACUCCUGUAACUUAA